UUUAAAAAACCCACCCCAUUUAUUUUCAAUCUGAGACAAAGAAUUGCCAGGCAGCAAAGUCUCCACAAGCCAAACUCAGAGACCUUCUAGCUUUCCGAGCUCUUAACCAUCCAAAGUCAUGAGAAGUCCCUUUAAAAAAAAAGUGAAAUACAGUAUUGUGAAUCUUGAAAUUUGAAACCGAGAAACAGAAUUGCAGGGGAAAGAAGGAGGAAAACCUUGAACUCUUCCAGACAAUUGCUUCCAGGGGAGUUUCAGAAAGAAAAAGAAGCAGCAAACAGAAGAGGGGAACUUUGAAUGGCUUAUUUGUGAGGAGCCUCCAGGAACUUUUUGAAGACAAUUCUUCUUGCUUUUCUGGAUAUGAUGGCUAUUGUGGAGCAAAGAGCCCUAAGGAUUGGCUUCAAGUGUCUCUCUUUAGCUACUUUUGUGCUUGUUUGUGCUGGACAAGGUGGAAAUAGGGAGAAUGGGGGUCCUGCCUGCUAUGGAGGAUUUGACCUCUACUUCAUUUUAGACAAAUCCGGAAGUGUCUUACACCACUGGAAUGAAAUCUACUAUUUUGUGGAACAUCUGGCCCAUAAAUUCAUAAGCCCUCAAUUGAGGAUGUCAUUUAUAGUGUUCUCAACUAGAGGGUCGAUUCUAAUGAGGCUAACUGAAGACAGGGAACAGAUUCGCCAAGGCUUAGAAGAGCUACAAAAAGUCCUGCCUGGAGGAGACACGUACAUGCAUGAAGGGUUUCAAAGGGCCAGUGAGCAGAUUUAUUAUGAAAAUAUGCAAGGAUAUCGGACUGCCAGUGUCAUCAUUGCUCUGACAGAUGGAGAACUUCAUGAAGAUCUUUUCUUUUAUGCAGAGCGGGAGGCUAACAGAUCUCGAGAACUAGGUGCAACUGUCUACUGUGUUGGGGUGAAAGAUUUCAAUGAAACCCAGCUGGCUCGAAUCGCUGACAGUAAGGACCACGUGUUUCCUGUAAAUGAUGGCUUUCAAGCUCUGCAAGGGAUUAUAGACUCAAUUUUGAAGAAAUCAUGCAUUGAAAUUUUAGCAGCUGAGCCCUCAAGCAUAUGUGCAGGAGAAUCAUUCCAAGUGGUUGUAAGAGGAAAUGGAUUUCGUCAUGCCCGCAACGUGGACAGAGUACUCUGCAGCUUUAAGAUCAAUGACUCCGUCACACUCAACAAGAAGCCUUUUACUGUGGAGGAUACUUAUUUGCUCUGUCCAGCCCCCAUCUUAGAAGAAGUUGGCAUGAAAGCUGCACUCCAGGUCAGCAUGAACGAUGGUCUCACUUUCAUCUCAAGCUUUGUCAUCAUCACCACCACACACUGUUCCGAUGGCACCAUCCUGGCAAUUGCUCUGUUGAUUCUCUUCCUGCUCUUGGCCCUGGUUCUUCUCUGGUGGUUUUGGCCCCUUUGCUGCACAGUGAUAAUCAAAGAACUUCCACCACCUCCAGCAGAGGAAAGUGAGGAAGAAGAAGAUGAUGGAUUACCUAAGAAAAAAUGGCCAACAGUCGAUGCCUCUUAUUAUGGUGGUCGGGGGGUUGGAGGCAUUAAGAGGAUGGAGGUUCGGUGGGGAGAAAAGGGAUCCACAGAAGAAGGAGCCAAGCUAGAGAAGGCCAAGAACGCUCGAGUCAAAAUGCCAGAACAGGAGUAUGAAUUCCCUGAGCCUCAAAAUCUCAACAACAAUAUACGCAGAACCUCUUCGUCUCGCAAGUGGUAUUCUCCAAUAAAGGGAAAACUUGAUGCCUUCUGUGUCUUGGUACGGAAAGGUUAUGACCGAGUGUCAGUGAUGCGUCCUCAGCCUGGUGAUAGGGGACGGUGCAUCAAUUUCAUGCGAGUGAAGAACAAUCCACCUGCCAAGUACCCACUCAACAACACCUAUCACCCCACUUCUCUGCCUCCUGCCCCCAUUUAUACUCCUCCACCUCCUGCUCACCUCUCCACUCCCCCACCUCCUAGCUCUCCCACACCCCCCACACCUAGUCUACCUUCCACACUUCCCCCACCUCCUCAUGCCCCACCCCCCAACCGAGUGCCACCACCCUCUCGUCCCCCACCUCGACCUUCUCUCUAGAAUCCAGAAAAUAUCCUUCCAGCUCUCUCAGAUGCCUUGGGGAAGAAAUCCCACUACAGUAUUAUCGUAUACACCUUCCAAGUCAAAGAGGGCUUUUGUUUUCAGAAAUGGGUGGCAAUCAAAGAAAUCACACACACUUUUUUUUUUAAUUUAGAAGCAAUAAUAAACUGACAACUUCAGAGCCAGCCAAAAGAAAAAGAGAAGUUUGAAAGUGCCUUUUGAAAGAGCAGGCAGGCAGGGAGGCAACAUAAGUAAUGUUGUCUAAUCUCCACCUCUGGAAGGAGGACAUUAUGAGAUUUUCCCUGGGGUCCGAAGAGAAUCAGCAUGUUCUUUUUUACAAUGCAAUCCUGUAAAUCAUGAACCCACAAUUCAUAGCCUUUAUAUGGCCUAAAUGGGAAUAUGUCCCAUGGAGACUGGCAAGGAAAUAAUUUCCUUGUACUUGAAAUGCAACGUGUGAUUAGAAACCAUAUUCCUGGAAUUCUCAAUGACUUUCCCCCAAUUCUACUGCACUCCAUGCCCAUGCUAGCCUUGACCUUGAGAUUUCAGGAAUUAGUCUUCUGACUCUUGCAGAGUUGUAACAUACCUUUUAAAUCAAAGGAGGGUUUGGGAGUUUUGUUUUGUUUUGUUUUAUAUUGAUUUCUAGCAAGAAUCAGUCAGUCAGCUAUGCCAUAGAAGAGUUUGAAACUCAAUUGGUGGACAUCUGAUAAGUAUACCAUUGAAGAGCAUUGAAGAAGGUUAUAAAGACCAAAUAUCUUUCCCUGCCUGGACCAUGACAGCCACAGUGAAGUGGAAGCAAGUGUUUGUUGAUGGAUUGGGGUAUGUUGCUUUGUAGAAGUGAAAAUAAUUAAAAGUCAUUCAGAGAAAAUCAGCGUGUGUGUAAAACAGGAGCCAAUUGCUUCAAAAAUUUAAUGAAUCCCAGAAGGUCAGAGUUGACAAGAUACCAACCUCUUCAUUUUACAGACAAGGAAACUGAGGCUCACAGAGGUCCAGUGGCUUGUCCAAGUCACAUAUGUACUAAUUAGAGGUAUGAAGCCAGGAGUCAGAAAUCAAGUCCUCUGAUUAUAUAUCCAAUACUUUUUCCAUUUCAAAUAAACUUUGUAUAAAAAAAGGAAAAACUUAGUAAGGGGACCAGGCCUUUCAGUCCCACUGAAAUAGUUCUUAAAAUCUGGAGCUCAUCAGGAGUUAGUAUACCACCAGCUUUCCCAUACUCUGAUCUUCAGUCAGAUUGUAUUUCUUAUGGUUACCUUAUGCCCUAAUCAUUUAAUGACUUCCAUUCAUGUCCAGAAUCGCAGGUUAGCUAAGGCUUUCUGAGAUGUGUGGCAUGAAGAAAAGAUGCACUCAGGGUUUGUUCCUUCCAAAUUGAAAAUGAAUCUACCUUCCCAAAAUGUAAUCAUUAGAAUUGGUUCCCAUAAAUCAAGAUUUAUUUUUAAGUGUCAUUUCAAACUGAACCUUUAACGUCUAAAUGAUUCUAGCUUAUUGUUAAGGGAAGUGGAAGGGUGGAAUAAAAAAGGUAUGGGAGGAGGUUUGGUGUUGGAAUAGGAGGCUCAUUCCCAAGCCCUUUGGGUACUAUGAAAAAUAUGAGGGUGUUUGUGUAUAUAUUUCUUCUCUGGUGUUCAAGAUAAUCAAGUCCAUCCUUUAUCAUCUGUUGGCCAAAGUGAAGUCAGGCCAGAUGUGCAAUAUAGAAGUAGGUCAGUAAGGAAUACAUUGGCUGCAAUUUCACAAGCAGACCUUGGGCCCACCCAGCUCUAUGGCCUAACCUAGAAAAGGCUAUAAGUCAACUUUCUGAACAUCUGCCUUCAUUACACAGUACUAGAAGGAAAUCAAGAUAGCUUACAGUGAUAUUCUCUACCCUACCCAGUUUUCCUUCUCUUUUCCUGCAGGCUGAGUAGAGGGUUAAAAAUGUGGCUCCCUACACAAUAUAGGGUGAGGGGAACCACAAGAGGCCCUGACCCUUCAAAAUUACUCAAACCCCAAAUAACUUACUGUGAUAACUGAAAUUCCUACUAAUCACUGCUUUUGGUUCCAUGGCAUAUAUUCCCUGAGAGGAAUUUCAUGUUAAAAUGCAAGAAUCUACUUUGGUUUAGAUUAGCUAAAAUGCCACAAUUUCCUUGGGGAAUGUGAAAUUUUUAACCCAGCAAUCCACCUGUCUUAAACUUAGUAAUUAAAUCCUAUUGAACUGCCCUAGAUACAUAGAGAUUAAGGGACUGGCGCGGGGUCAUAUCACUACCAAGUCAGAACUUCAUAUAGUUACUAAGGAUUGGACCCAGGUUUUCCUGAUUCUAAGCCUGGUAUACAUUCCGUCAUAUUGCUUGUUAUUUGAAUUAGUAUAUCAAAUUAUAUUCACAGACCUAAAAAGUCAUAACCCCAUGUUUUACAGAAGUAAACUCCUUCUCAAUUUUGCCUAGAAUGUGCCCUGUCUCUUAGGAAAUCAUCAGAUAUCAAUGCUGAAAGGGAUCUUAGAACAGAAAAAAAGAAUGUGUCAGAGCUAGAAGAGAACCCAGAACAUUGAAUGUCAGAGGUGAAAAGAACUGUAGAGAUGAUUUGGUCCAAACUGCUACCCAGUUAAAAACUGAAACCCAGAAAGAAAAUGAGACUUAUUAAAAGGGGGUAGUCAGAGACAGAAUCCAGAUCGCCUCACUCUAGCUCUUGCUACCACACCAAGCUGCCUUCUACCCUUCGAGGAAUUUUUCAGGAUUUCCUUUAUAACUAGAGAUUCCAGUGUUUUAGAUCUUGGCAGAUUGUUUCCCCCUUCCCCAUUUCCAAAGAGAACUUCACCUUCUGCUUUUUAUGAACAUAAUUUUGGAAACAGGGCCAGACAAUCCCUGUGCUGUCCUGAAUGAUACCACUGAACACUGGAUCCCAGACACCAGCUGUCCUAUUUUGUAGGAAAGGAAAUUUCUAACUGGCUUCCAAUCCGUUGAGGUUGGAGAUUAUCAGUCUCAUCCAUCUGUUUUGUCUGCUGGCAGCUCAGAACAGAAUUUUCCCAUCCCCUGGGCGGUAGUGGUCUCUGCAAUAGCAGUAGCAAACACUGCCCUUCUCCUUCAAUAUCCUGCCUAGAGGACCCCUCCUGGUGAUGGUAGAUAGGGCUCAAGAUCUCAGAACUGGGACUACUAGAUGGUCCCCUCAAAAGCCAUGUGAUGCAGUAUCCCCUGAGCUGGGUCAGGCAUCUUUUUUUUAUAUGCUUGUACUGUGGUAAUGUGGAAUAAUUUCAUAAAGGAUUGGCAGUGUUUGUUCUUCAAAUGUGAAAUUUUUUUAAAAAAACCUUUGUGAAAACUACCUUCCUCCAAAAAAAAAAUCAAGCAUCAAAUGAUAUAGCAAUGAUGUCAAAUGAUGUCUUCAGUCAUUCAUGAUGGUCAGGAGUUGGGCAAAUUUAUAUACACUCUAGUGAUUGAACCAUUAUUUUGUUAACAAUCUAUUAAAUACAGAAAAGUAUUUCAUCAACCAUUUUAUAAAACAUGUCAGGACAUAUGAGAGUCAGCAUCUCUAAAUGAAAGAAGCAGAAGACAUACAAUUGUGAUCAGAAAAAUACACAAAAUGAUUUUUCAAAGCCCAUGUUGGAGUCCAGUUCCAAAUUCAUGUUGUAUAUAUUCUUAAUGCAUGCUUACCAUAUGUUAGAUGGAAGCAUUUCCUAUCCAAUGUGGAUAAAGAGAACAGUUGUAGUAAAUUAUUUUAAAGUCAGUGAUAUUUCACGGCAGGUACCAAGCUGUGCUUGUUUGUUGUCUCAUGAUUGUAUUGCUUUUUUUAUAUAAAUGUAUAAAUAUUUACUAAAGGGACGAGAACCUAUUUUGCAUAGCAUUAAUUAGAAUGGAUUGUGAGUUCCAAUCUGCCUCCAACAGGUCAAGCUGGCUUGUGUGUAGCCUGGGACUUACAGAUGUCAACCUAUGCUACAUUUAUAUACCAGCUUUACCUCCUACAAGGCUUAAUGGCUUGAAUAUAUAAAUAGCAAACUUAGGAGGUAUUCUGGCCAGAAUUUGCUCUGUUAGAAAUAUUCUUAGAAUGAACAUAAAUGAUCUCCUAAGCACAAGAUAGAAAAACAUAAACAUGUAGCACUUAGCACAGUGCCUGAAACAUAGUAGAUGCUUAAUAAAUGUCUAUCGAUGAUCAUUGAUCAAUUGAUAUACUAACCUAGCACAGAUUUAAUUAAAAAAAUUAAUGCCAUGUAAAUAAGGUUGAACCAAUUCGUGUAUUAUAUAUAGAUAUAUCCAAUAAAAUCCCAUUUAUCCAGAAUGGUUGGGGAGGAGGUAUUCUGAUUCAUCGAACAUUCUAGUUAAACUGAAUGUAACUGUAUAUACCAUACAUGCAUUAUCAAUUUUCAAAGAAUUAAACUAUUAUGAAGUACACUUAGCACUAUGCUGAACAUAUUUCAUCCUUCUUUGGUUAUUCAUAUGGCACUUUGGAAACUUUCAGUCCUCAAAGUCAUUGUUAUAAACAUCCAUUAUCUUUGUACAAUACUGUAGAGGUAGAAGAUAUGGGAUAUUGGGUAGAAUCUGUACUAUGACAUACUCUAGAAGUUGCUUUUUAAAAAAUAAAUCUCAAAUGUCAUCUUGUUUGUCAUUUGUCUCUUUUCAUACACAAAGAGUAUAGGUAAUGCUAAUGAAUGAACUCCAGAGAAUAAUGGGUAAUCUGCCUUUCUAAAAAUGUAAUCACUGUAGCAAAGCCUUUUCUCAAAUUGUUCUGCCUCUUUGCUAAAAUGUUUCACUAUCUUCAUUGCUGUUCUUCAUCCUUUAAACAUACAAUAUUCAAAACUUUUCCAAUUAUCUCUCCAUGCUUCAGCUUCUUUCUCAGCAUAAAUGCCAUCUUUCCAGUGAAUCUUUCUCUGCCAUAAAUGCCCAGGAGAAAGUGAUUGUAUCCUUCUUGAAUUUCCUAUAGUACUUUGUCUAGACCUCCUCUUUGUCCUUACCCAGUUCCCUCAUGUAUCAUAAUUAUUUGAAUGCAUCUUUCCUGACCCUUCAUUUCCUUUUAGACUGUGAGCUCCUCAGGAGCAGGGAUUAUUUUUCAUAUCUCUUUGUAUUCCUGGCACUGAGCACAGUGCCUUGUACAUAGUAGGCACUUAAUAAAUGUUUGUUGAAUUUGU